GUCGUCAGUGCAGUCUUCCUCGUCAUCUUUCUGUUCGGAAUCUUCCUCUUCGCCGCUGACAUCCUCGUCAUCGUCUGUCGAGGAUGAGGACGAGCCAGAGCCAGAUGAUUGGCUUGUAGCCGAAACCUGCGCAGACUCGUCUGCGAUAGGACGAACUAUGAUCUCCGCCCUUCUGUACAAGCAAGGCACGGGGCGCUCCGGUACGGUUUGCGGAGGUCUCGCGACCGCGUAUAGGGCCGAAGUGCAUUGCUCAUGAUCAGGGAAGACGUGGCGCAGGAUUAUGAACAGCAUGUUGAGAACCUCCGGCGAGACAAUUCUAGGGUGCUCCGCGUCGCCGCUGCAUCUGUCCAACAAUGCGGCCUGAUGAAGCGCAGAAGACAGAAUGCUAUCGAUAAGACUUCGUUCGUCCUUGCUAAAGGUCUCAUCCGGCGCGAAGCAUUCAUUGCCGCCGCGGAUGCGCUCUUCGUGGAUAUCGCGUAUGCUCGGGCAAACCGAUGAUGGCAUCUGAUUCCGCAGAGACGCGGGGAGAAGGGGCUGCAGCAUACUGAGGAAUCGCGCAACAGAGGGCGGAGGCGCUGAACACUCCCCGUCAAUCUGCAUGCCUGACGAGCACUUUGUGAUCAUGUGGCGCUUGAGCUGAAAAUCGGGCCUCAGUCUACGACUAGGCCCCGCACGAAUGGCGUUGCCGAUGAGCUGGUGGUAAUGGU